UGGCUACACCACCUCUUUAUCUACUUGCACUUUAACCUCCCAAUGGGCUAUAUAUACCCUCUGUCCAUCCAUAAGACUCUACACUUCAACAGCUCAACUCAAGCACAAAUACAGCAGCCACAUUGGCAUUAUCUGAGGUUCUCCGUGCAGUCCCUAGAGCUACUGUGUAAAGGACAUCCUCAGUUGGAGAAUGAAUGGCAAGAAGGGUAGUAUAAGGAUAGAUAUUUGCCAGCCACCAAAAAGCGUGGAGCAAGAAAGUGUAAAGAAGCAGAUCAGUGAGAAAGGCCAGUCCCCAAGUAAAAGGCUAUGUGAUGUCUGGGACUUCGCUAGGCAGGACACAAACAGGGUUACCUUUGCACUCAAAGUUGGCCUUGCUUGCCUCCUUGUGUCACUUCUCAUACUCUUUCGUGCGCCCUAUGGCAUCUUUGGGACUAACAUCAUAUGGUCCAUCCUCACUGUUGCUAUUAUGUUCGAGUACACUAUCGGUGCAACAUUCAAUCGUGGAUUCAAUCGAGCUCUUGGAAGUGUACUUGCUGGAGUAUUUGCGAUAGUCAUUAUUCAAGUGGCUAUGUCUUGUGGCCACACUGCAGAACCAUACCUCAUUGGUUUCAGCAUCUUUCUUGUUGGAGCUGCAACAUCCUUUAUGAAGUUAUGGCCAUCACUAAUUCCAUACGAGUAUGGUUUCCGAGUUAUCCUAUUCACCUACUGCUUGAUCAUUGUAUCGGGAUACCGUAUGGGAAACCCCAUCAGGACUGCAAUGGAUAGACUCUGCUCAAUUGCAAUUGGAGCCCUCAUAGCUGUUCUUGUGAAUGUCACCAUUUACCCAAUCUGGGCAGGGGAACAACUACACAUGGAGUUAGUUGCCAAUUUCAGUUCUCUGGCAGACUCGUUAGAAGAGUGCGUCAAAAAGUAUCUAAGCGGCGACGUUUCCGAACAUCCUGAUUUCUCAAAGACAGUCAUGGAUGACUUCCCUGAUGAACCAGCAUUCAGGAAGUGCCGAGCUAUGUUAAAUUCAUCAGCAAAACUUGACUCGCUGGUAAGUAGCCAACCUUAGUUUUGUAUAGUUGAAUUAUUAUUACUCAGGAUCAUACCAGAUAACACUUCACUGGUGAUAUGGUGAAUAUUGUCCAGGCGA